AUGUUGCACCCCAAGUACGACAAGUACGGGUUAAAAAGCAAGCUUGACGGUAGCAACGAAAAUCCGCUCGAUCAAAGCCCGCAGUUUGAUGAGUUCCUGCUGGCCUGUCGCCACGGCGAUCUGCCCAAAUGUCAGGAGCUCAUCGACCUCGGCGUCAACAUCAACGGCAAGGACAAGUUUGACUACACGCCACUCAUUAUUGCCAGCUUGUGUGGCCAUUACGAACUUGUGCAGCUGCUUCUAGAGUCGGGCGCACUGGCGGAGAGAAACACGUUCCAGGGAGAACGAUGCAUCUAUAAUGCGCUGAAUGAUCGAAUACGACAGCUCUUGCUCCAGUACGACUUUUCCAAGACAUCAAACCCGUACGUGUACUGGUCGACCCACAUCACCGGCCUGCUCGCUCGUACGAACCCCCAAACCUCGGACAUAUCCCUUGUCGCCGGCUCACACACCUUCCGCCUGCACAAGUUCCUCCUCGCUUCCCGCACGCACUACUUCCGCCGCGAGCUCGAGGUCCUACCCGAGACGGAGUCAUGGAGAUUUCCACCAAACGUUCCCCUCGACGCCGUCCACCUGUUCCUGCGAUAUCUCUAUCUUGGCGAUCUCCCCCGCGAUCUCGUCCCUGCCGGCGGCCUCGCGUCGAAAGAGGGGAUCGCGAAGGCGCUGGAUGAUAUCAGCCAUGAUCUUGGCAUUGAAACACUCUGGGACGCCUUCAUGGCAGGUGGCGACCGCCGGCUUGCACGCCAGCGGUUCCAGGACGAGGAGCACCGCGCGCUGCAACAGGUGGACGAAUUUUUCCACCGCAACGUGCUCGGUAGAAAGGUCGUCGUCGACUUGGAGCGGGUGGACGAUGUCAAGUGGGAGUACAACAAUCCGGCCUUUGCGGACGUCUUUCUCAGGGCAGACGAGCAGAAGUUCACGCUUGAUGAGGAAAUCAACGGUGCACAGGAGAAGGCGGUGCUCGACAGCCGAGGCAUACCACUCGACUCGGUCGCAGAGGGGAAUUUCAGGCCACCCAGUCAGUCGGUGCUCUACCCUGUACACAAAGCUAUGCUCAUCCGCAGCGAGUACUUUGACCGCAUGUUCUCGGGCGAAUACGUCGAGGCCCAACGGUCGACACAUCUCAUCGUCGUCAAAGUCGACUGCUCGCCUGCCGUGCUCGAGCUUGUCCUCAGCUUCCUGUAUACGGAGAAGACAAACUGCCCCCUGGAACACGCUCUCGACCUGCUCUACGCCGCCGACAUGCUCUUCAUAGACAGACUCAAGACGAAGGCUGCCGUGGCCAUCAGCACGCUUGGUAGCGGUCGAAGCAACGUGCUUGUCGACAGAACGCACCCUGCCGGCAGCAGAACCCAUGGCAAGGCCGAAAAACCGGCCGAUGCGGUUGAUUUGGAGCCAAUAAACAUCUACGACGUCAUUCACGCUGCCUGGGACCUGCGCGUCCAGCGUCUCGAGGAAUUUUCUGCGCGCUAUCUUGCCACGCGCCUCGAGGACUACAUCGAUGACCCCGAUUUCCAGGAGCUCAUCCGCGAAAGCGCUGCGCGCAUCCGCCUCCGCGAAGAGACGGACACCAUCGAACUGCUCGACGACAUACGCUACUACCUGUCGGAGCGCUUCCGUCUGCGCUUCGAGGAUGCCGGUCUCGAUGAGAUGCUGACAGGAGAUGGCGAAUCCAUUUCUUCGCAGGAGUCUACCCUCGACGCGGCCCAUGAUCGUUCGGGCGCUGUAAUUGCUGGCCAGGUUGAUGCCUCAGAACAUGCGCCCGACGGUGGGACAGAGAAGGGGGUGGCAGGUGGUGGUGGUGGUGGUGCUGCUGCUGCUGCUGCUGCUGUGCUCACACUGGACGGCCGCACGGCCGAGGACGAGUUCGCCUCCGAUUUCAUCAACUACCAGAUCCUACUGGACAAAAUUGACGCCAUGCUGGAACGAUUACAGCUUGAUGCUUAA